AUGGUGAUCCUUUGUGUGAUCCCUGCCACAUCGGACUUCGGAAAUGCUGAGGUGGUGAAGUUGGCACGCAAGUAUGAUCCAGAUGGCAUCCGGACAUUGGGCGUUGUCACCAAGUGCGACGAUGCAGCGAAUGCCGAAGCAUCAGACAUUGUGGAGAAGGUCUUGAUGGAAAGGAAUUCGGAUGUCCGUCUUCAGCUUGGAUUCCACUGCGUGGUAAAUCGCUCGCAGAAGAACAUAGAGGCUGGCAUGAGCAGAGAGGAUCUUUGGGACAAGGAAAAGAAGGUCUUCACUACCAGUGAUCUCUUGAAGAGGAUUCCAAAGCACCUCUGGGGCACGCCCAGGCUCAUGGAAAAAAUAGCAAAGGUCCAAGAGUCCAGAGUGGAUGAGUGUCUACCCAAGAUCAAGAGUGAAGUGCGCCACACGCUCUUGGAGUUAGAGCAGAAAUUGCGCGAACUCCCGAUCCAGCCUGAAAGCGAGGUCGAGCAAUUUCGCCUCUUCAAUGACACAAUUUCAAAGAUCAGGGAGGAUUUGUCACGGCGUAUUCGUGGGGAGUUCAUGAGCGCCGAGAGUGCAGACAGAAACCUCACCAUUGCUCCAAAGGUUGCUUCCAUGGUUCAGGAGUUCCGGCAGGACCUGCUCUCAAAAAAUCCGGAAUGGUUAGGGGAGGACAUGAUCGAUGAGGUGGAUGACACAGUGAAAACUUUUGUCACAGGUCACACCGUGGACAACUUGACUGGGCCCCAAGUGUUUAUCAACUUCAUCAAACAAGUCUUUAUCAAAGAGGGGUUGUUGGAAAAAAGCGUGAACGGCCUUGUUGCAGAUGUGGGUGAGCAUCUGCGAAUGGUAGUGCAGCACGUCAUUCAAGAGCAUGCGAACAUGAGUGGCGCCCUUUGCAACCGUCUGGAGGCAAAGGCAGAGGACCACAUUGAUCAACUUACCGCCAAGGCUAGGUACUUCUGCAAGGCAAUUUCUGAGUGUCAGGAGGUGACAUUUACCACAGAUGGUGAAUACACGGAAAACUUGAAUGAGUUCCGCAAAAGUAUUUGGCUAAACAACGACCCCAAAAAGUAUUUGGCCGCAAAUUUUGGAGCAGAGGGGCAACUGCCCUCCGAGUUCUUGGAGCUAUUGAAGCAAGCGAAGGAAGAGCCACGGAAGUUGGCAACCUUGGAAAUCUGUGCUUCUUUGCAUGUGUACACCAAGCAGAUGAUAAAGAACUUUGUGGAAACGUCGGCCAAACUCGUGAAAUUCAACAUGUUGGACAAGUUGGCAAAGAAGCUGGAAGAGUCCUGGAGAGAGGACCAAAUGAGCAGCUUGCGUGAGCUGUUCCCAAAGGAUGAUGCUAUAUUGAAGCGCCAGCAAGAUCUCAAAGAAAAGAUCGAGACUUUGUACGAGUUCAAGGCGCAGAGAUGCAGAAGGCUGAGGCUAGGGCCGGCUAGGGCAAAUGCCAGAAAACCCUUUCAGUGGGACUUUUCAGAACAGCUGACCAGCGAGAGCUUCAGCGUGGAUGGUAAAACCAUUUUGAGCGAGAAGUUCACCCGAAUGAAUGUGCCAGAUCUUCAGGUGAGGAUUAAUGCCCAAAAAUUGGCCGGCCACAGCCGCUUCAUUUCCAUUUCCCUUUUUGCACCUAAAGGGUGGAAGCUCAAAUGGAAGACGGUCAUUGGAGGUGUGGAGAGGCAGUCGGAGCAUGACGCUUCUUGUGCGCCAGCCAAGCGAGAACGACUCUUGGGAGAACGUGAUCUCGAGAAAAGCGAGUUCAUCUCAGACAGGCCCAUGUGGGAAAGCAGGAUCGAGGAGUCAUUGGACGGGGUGGGGCAGCGUAGUGAUAUUCUGUGGACUGGAGCCAAGCUUCGUUCUAUUGUCGGCCCUACGUUUUGCUUAGCCACGCCCUAUGCCGUCGCCAGGUUGUCUGAUGACCAGGCCAUCUUCAGCAGAGCUGAUGAACUGCGCUCAGAGUUGUUGAGGCUUGAAAGGGACUUGCACAGAUGA